GCGGUUGCGGGGCAUGCGCGGCUCCGAGCGCGGCUUCUCAAAUAUGGCGGCGGCGGUGUGAAGACCGGUACCGGCUCGCGGGACCAGAGUGACAGGAUUUCGUUCCUUUCGCCGACGAGACCCGAGACUACAUAUUUGACUUUUCUUGACCUCUGCUUCUCAUAAGGAUUAACUGGUGCUGAAUUUCAGACAUAAACAGCUCCAUUUGCUUGGAAAGAAUACCAGAAAAGGAUACCAUGGGACAAACAGCAAAUGAAGAUUCAAUGGAUGUCAAGAAGGAGAAUCAAGAGAAGGCUCCUCACUCAGGCACAUCUUCUGUGCAAAAUGAUGAUUUCCACUGGGACAAGUACUUGAAAGAGACUGGAUGUUUAAGUGCUCCUUCAGAGUGUUUCAGACAGUCCAAGAUUCCACCGGCUAAUGACUUCAAAGUUGGUAUGAAAUUGGAAGCCCGUGACCCUCGCAAUAUGACUUCAGUAUGUAUUGCCACAGUCGUAGGAAUUACUGGUGCCAGGCUGCGUUUAAGACUGGAUGGUAGUGACAACAGAAAUGAUUUUUGGAGACUUGUUGAUUCUCCAGACAUACAGCCCGUUGGGACAUGUGAAAAGGAAGGGGACUUACUUCAGCCUCCACUGGGGUACCAGAUGAAUACGUCAUCUUGGCCGAUGUUCCUCUUACGAACAUUGAAUGGAUCUGAAAUGGCACCUGCGACAUUCUUUAAGAAGGAACCGCCAAAGCCACCUCUAAAUAAUUUUAAAGUGGGAAUGAAACUUGAAGCUAUAGACAAAAAGAACCCUUAUCUGAUCUGUCCUGCAACUGUUGGAGAUGUUAAAGGAGAUGAAGUUUAUAUCACAUUUGAUGGCUGGAGUGGAGCUUUUGAUUAUUGGUGCAAGUACGAUUGCCGAGAUAUUUUCCCAAUUGGGUGGUGUCAGCUGACAGGAGAUGUUUUACAACCACCAGGAACUCAUGUUCCCAUUACAAAGAAUAUAGCAAAACCAAAAACACAGCCUUCCCCUUCUGAAGCAGCCCAGAGUUCAAUGCAGUCUCCACAGAAAACUGCUGUAAUCUUACCAACACAGCAGAUCAAGAAAUCAGGUCGUACUAAACCACCUGGACAUACUUCAGUCCCCAAGAAGGGAAGUUCUGUUAAAAAUCUCACACCAAGGAAAAAAGGCCCAAAUUCAGGAAGAAAGGAAAAAUGUUUUCCUGUGGUGUGUUCCACAUCUUCAGCUUCUAUAAGUUUUUUGACCAGAAACCGUGGCCUUUCAUAUAAGGAUACCACUCCUGGGACAUCUAAAAUAGUGAUGUCUACAGUGUGUGUCUAUGUAAACAAACAUGGAAACUCUGGCCCUCACCUGGAUCAAAAGAAAAUCCAGCAGCUGCCUGACCACUUUGGCCCGGGCCCUGUGAAUGUGGUGCUCCGGCGGACCGUGCAGGCCUGUGUGGAUUGUGCCUUUCAAAGUAAGACUGUUUUUGGAUUCCUUAAGCCAGAUCAUCGUGGAGGAGAAGUGAUAACUGCCUCCUUUGAUGGGGAAACUCAUUCCAUCCAGCUCCCUCCAGUGAACAGUGCAUCAUUUGCUCUUCGCUUUCUGGAGACCUUGUGCCACAGCCUGCAGUGUGAGAAUCUUUUGAGUAGCCAGCCUUUUAGCUCUUACAGAGGUAAUACUAGUACUCCUGCAGAGGGUGAUAAAAAUAAACCAGUGGAAGAAGACAUAACAGAAAAGCAAAGCACCAAACGACCUUCUCAGGAACUUCUACCUUAUGUAGUUCCUCUCUCUCCUAAGUUGCCCAAAACAAUUGUGCAUGCCUCUAAAGAAGAGGGAGAUGGCAUGCCCCAAGAGGAGAAGCUUCCUGAAGAUUCCAAGAAUUCAUCACCUAAUCCAGCAAGUUCUUUGAGUCCUGCCAGCGGAAAUCCUAUAAGCCCUCAUACCACAGUCACCAGGAAUUUUUCUCAAAGUGUGCCAGGCACCUCAAGUUCAGCAUUCAUAGGGACCAAAUCACCUCCCAAGAGCAGUCCCCCUGAAGUUACAUUCCAAAUGGAGAAGAAAAGUGAAGCUCCAAGUUAUAUAGCUGUACCUGACCCCAGUGUCCUGAAACAAGGCUUCUCUAAGGACCCUUCAACCUGGUCUGUGGAUGAAGUGAUACAGUUUAUGAAACAUAAAGAUCCUCACAUAUCAAGCCCCCUCGCCGACCUCUUCAGGCAACAUGAGAUUGAUGGGAAGGCUCUUCUACUACUCAAAAGUGAUGUGAUGAUGAAGUAUAUGGGGCUGAAGCUGGGGCCAGCAUUAAAGUUAUGUUACUACAUUGAAAAACUUAAAGAAGGAAAAUAUAGUUAAAAAAAUGUGUAAGUUUAGAUUGGUCAUAAUUCUCAGUUGUUCUGAUAACUUUUUAAUUUAAAAGUAUUCUUACUCUCUCAGCAGUUUUUAUUUUGUAGACACUUCCUCUAAAAAUGUGUUCUAUCCACAAUUGCAGAACUACAUUACAGUCCAUUUACUUCCUUAAAGACCAUUUAAUGUGUUAGUAUUAGCUUAUUCAAAUUGACAGUUCUUUGUCUUAUUAUCUUACAUUUACAGUUUAUUAUUUUAUUGUACAUUCUACAAAUAUACUUCAUGUAGGAAACAGAGAAACGCCUUUAAUUUUGGUUAAUGUUUAUAUAUAUAGAACCAAAACAGCUAAAUCCCAAAGGGGCAAGUAUCAGGGACUGACAGGUUCUCUAAUGAAAUCCAGGAGAAAUUUUCCUUAGAAGAGACUUUAAAGAUGCAACUAUAGAUAUCAUCUUUCUCAAAUAUUUUAUGUCUGUUACUGCAAUGUUCUAUUCAUGUUCUACCAAUUUCCAGAAAGGGAAUAGCCAUAUAAAUUAUUUUCCUUUCGUUAUUAUUUCUCUGUAUGUUGUAUUUGUUCAUAUUUAAAGAAAAAAAAGCAAGCUUAUAAACUUUCAUAAAAUGUUCUUAUCAGUUUUUGAUAAAUUUCAAACAAUUAUAGGAUAGAUAGAAUAGUUGUUUUAUGCAGGAAAUAUUAUACUACAAGGGUGGUUUGGAUGGAGGCUGAUUAAAGUUUUUUCAAUAAAAUACAUAUUAUUUUAAAACUUUACAUAUUUUCACUGAGCUUAGACAUUUAAUGAGGCAUUCAUUUCUUACAUCUCUAUAUGAAGACACCUGUGCCCAAAUUUUUAAAAGAUAUAUAUUUUAUUGUCUGUGUUUAUUCCUCAUAUGGAUACUAUACCAUAUUUAUAUAUUAUUCUAUACCUGUAGGUAUACAAACAAGUAAAUCUGUUCUUUUUGAAUUUAAUAUGGCACUUUGCACCACCACAGAGGUAAUAAUGAACUAUUUAUAUAGUUAGAUGUUUUUAUUCUGUAAAAAAUAAGUGCAUCAUUUGGUAUCACUAGUACCUCUCAGCUUAGUCUUCAGGGGAUAAGAAACAAUCCAUAGAUUGGUUUCCAUACAGGGAAGAGCUCUGUCCUAUGCAAUGUUUGUAGUUAAUUUGAUUAGUUCUGAGCCAUUUAUUCUGCUAAAUUUUGGAAGAUGCAUUAAUUCCAACUUAAUCAUUUUGGGCUUUAUUUUUAAAGUUAGAACUUUCAAGGGGAAAUGGUGCUAUAUGUUUAUUGUUAUUACUUUGUAUAACUUUGGUGUAAUGUUUAUAAGCUAUGAGAAUCUGCUAAAAGUAUUAGCCAUUUGCUGUAAAUGCCAAUAAAAUAUACACCAGGGGCAAGAAUGUACAUUUUUUUUAGAAAACUAAAUGUACUUUAUACAAUAAUUCAACUAUUUAAAGGGUGGUUUCAUUUAUGUUACUCCUUUUGUGUUAUAAGACAAAAUUCUAAUUUAAACUUGGUCUUCUUUCAAAUUGUUUGUGUGAAGAUGCUGUGCCCAGUUGAACAGUCCUCAGGUGUUUGUAUGAAUACUAUGUUCUACAUAAGUUCUCAGAUUUUAAACUAUAAUAAAGUUAAA